GAAGGUCGAUCUAGACGGUGCAGACUGUGAUGCUGCGUUUGCAUUCCUGUCCUCUGUUCCGGCCAAGCUGGUGGUACUGGAGGUGUUCGACGGCCUGCCUCCGCCGCUGCGUUUUGCGCUGCACGAGCACGAGGAGCUCGCAUCCUGGGGCAAGCUGCCAGUCUGGGGCUGCUCACUUAGUUACCAGGUGCGCAUGCUGACGCUGCUGCGAUACAAUCUGAUCUGGUAUGCGGCAGGCAACGCAAUCUAUGUCCACAAGUCCGUAGCGCCCCAGCUGGGUUUGUUCCGCUUGGACGAGGUGGACUGCUAUGUGAAAACCGUGGUGAUGGCCAUGUGGCCGAGCGGACGGCGCAUGCGGCGUUGGUUCUACGAGGACUCUCUCAACGAGACCCUGGUGGAUGCGCGGAGGAGUGUGGAACGCUACCUGAAGGGAAGGCCGUACACGUUGAAGGUCUGA